GUAAAGAUUCAAAACUAAUAAAGAAAACGGGCAGGAAAACCCCUAAGUACUGUUGUAUUUGUAAAGGAAUUUACAGAGGAAAGGUUAUUGAUGGGAGAAAAGUGUCAUUGCACCGUUUUCCUCAGAACAAACGUUUAAAACGUGUGUGGGUGCAGCGAUGUAAAACGGUCAUGAGAUCGUUCCAGUGGAAUGAACACAGACGAUUGUGUAGUGAGCAUUUUGUUGGCUUCAGAGGACCUUCAUUCCAGCAUACACUUCCAUCUAUGUUUCCAACUGAGACUGGUGCUACCAAAACCUUCCAGCCAACGCUCCUUGAUGAAGACGUAGGUGAUGAUGAUGAUGGUGAUACGGUCAAUGACGAUUUAGACCUAGAACUGUCAAAUGAUGAUAGUAUACAGCCACAACUGUCAUUUGUAUCCCCUUCCGGGCAUGCCAUUGAUACCUCUGUCCACCUGCAUGAUUACUGCAUGGGACCAGUACUACAGCCACAGAAUCAGUCCUUUAGAUGUUGUGACACACAGACUGAGAACAACUGUGCAGUGAUGGAAGUACAAACUGAAGAAAGUUUCCUGGGAAAAACAGCAGACUUCAGUUCACAAACAGAACAUUCUACUAGAGACUUUGGUGUACAAUGUCAGCUACCUAUGCUCACAUAUGAUGACGUAAAAUACAAUGACGAUUUGGUCAGUUUUUACACCGGAAUCCCUAAUCGAGUUGUGUUUGAAGCUUUGUUUGAUGAAAUCAAGGAUGAAGCUGAAGUGCGGACAUCAAGGCGGAAACUUAACUAUAAAGAUUCAGAUGGAGGACGGCCAAGAACUCUAAGUGUUCUGGAUGAAUUUUUCAUGGUGCUGAUGCGCCUACGUCUAGGUCUGUUAUUUGAAGAUCUAGGUACUAGGUUUUGCAUAUCCACUUCACAAUGUAGUGACAUUGUUGAAAGAUGGAUCAACUAUUUACAUGUACAAUUAUCCUUUCUUGUUCAAUGGCCAUCUCGUGAGGUAGUGAAAAAUAACAUGCCUGAACAAUUUAAAGAGAAAUAUUCUAACACUAGAAUUAUUAUCGACUGCACUGAAAUUUACAGUGAAACAUCCAGUUCUCUUUCUUUGAAAAGUUUAAUGUACAGUGAUUACAAGUCUCACAUGACUCAUAAGAUUUUGGUGGGUAUAAGCCCAAAUGGUGUUGUAACUUUUGUUUCUGACUGUUGGGUGGGCUGUACCAGUGACAAGAAACUCACAGAAAAAUGUGGACUCUUGGACUUGCUUGAAGAAGGAGACGCCAUAAUGGUUGAUAAGGGUUUCACUAUUACAGACCUUACUACUCCAAGAGGCAUUCAUCUCAUUAUUCCACCAUUUAAACAGAAAGGAAAACAAUUCUCUAAACGUGAGGUUCUCCUUACAAAAGAUAUUGCAAGUUUACGAAUACAUGUUGAAAGGCAAAUGGAGAGAAUCAAGAACUUUCGAAUAUUGCAUGGCAAUAUUCCUAUAACACAGUCAAGGAGAAUUUCUAAAGUGUUCAAAAUAUGCACAUAUUUGACAAAUCUAUGGCCACCACUUGUUCAAUAAUAACUCAUGUGUCAAUGAAAGCGUUUGUAUAUAUCAAGCAUUAGAUUUAGGGAUAAAAACUUGUAUACUUCUAACUAGAACAAUGAAAUUACAAUUUUGUUUUAAAAUCAUUUUUUCGAGCAAGUUAUAUGAUAAC